GUGCUUUCAAAAAUGGAUCAUAUUUUAACACAAGUUUAUUGCCAACCCCUAUUCACCUUCGUUGAGGAGAAGGCGGUCAAGAAAUUUCCAAACAGCCAGUUCAUAACACGGGAUAUUGAAAUCCCGAUCUUUGGGCUUGGCCGAUACAAGCUCAACUUCUUCCACUUGGUCUGGAGGACAAUCUUCGUGAUUGUGACCACCAUAAUCGCCAUGCUUCUCCCAUUCUUCAUCGACAUUAUCGGGCUGCUUGGAGCACUGAAUUUUUGGCUCCUCACGGUCUAUUUCCCGGUUGAGAUUUACAUUAAGCAGACGAACAUAACCAAGUGGAGCAUUAGAUGGGUGCUCUUCCAGAUUCUAACUGCGGUUUGCCUUAUCAUCUCUGUCGCUGCCGCCGCUGGCUCUGUUGCUGGGUUUGUUCACGACCUCAAGUCCUACAAGCCAUUCAGUUCGGACUUUUAAAUGUCAUGCUACAUUUGUAUAUGGCUCUUGGUCGAUUGCUCUUUUGUCAUGCAAGCAAAUGCAGCCAAGAUAAGUGAGUGACAAGCAUUCCUAGGUGAAAUGACAGACUGUUGACAUAUGUAAAAUAUAUACAAUACGCACUGUGUCAAACAUGAAUAAAUUUCUUUAUGCUUGAGGAUCA